GGCCAUGGGGCUGCGGCCGGGGUUUUUCCCCUCUUCGGCUUCCGUAGACGGAGUCGGGCGGACCCUCUUCUGGGGUUUCGGUACCCCCCCUUCCCCUUCCCCGGGGUCCGGGGGUGACAUUGCAUCGCGCCCCCGGCGGGGUCGCGUCGCCACCCCCACGCAGACUCCCCAGUUGGCGCGCUCCUCCCAUUCGCCUCUUUUGGCCGGGGCUCCAUCCCGCCCCCAGCUGCCCAGCCAUGGGGGCUGCAGUGUUUUUCGGAUGCACUUUCGUCGCCUUCGGCCCAGCCUUCGCGCUUUUCUUGAUCACUGUGGCUGGGGACCCUCUUCGCGUUAUCAUCUUGGUUGCGGGGGCAUUUUUCUGGCUGGUCUCCCUGCUCCUGGCCUCUGUGGUCUGGUUCAUCUUGGUCCAUGUGACAGAUCGCUCAGAUGCCCGGCUCCAGUAUGGCCUCCUGAUUUUUGGUGCUGCUGUCUCUGUCCUUCUACAGGAGGCCUUCCGCUUUGCCUACUACAAGCUGCUUAAGAAGGCAGAUGAGGGGUUAGCAUCGCUGAGUGAGGACGGAAGAUCUCCCAUCUCCAUUCGCCAGAUGGCCUAUGUUUCUGGUCUCUCCUUCGGUAUCAUCAGUGGUGUCUUCUCUGUUAUCAAUAUUUUGGCCGAUGCACUUGGGCCAGGUGUGGUUGGGAUCCAUGGAGACUCACCCUAUUACUUCCUGACUUCAGCCUUUCUGACAGCUGCCAUUAUCCUGCUCCAUACCUUUUGGGGAGUUGUGUUCUUUGAUGCCUGUGAGAGGAGACGAUACUGGGCUUUGGGCCUGGUGGUUGGGAGUCACCUACUGACAUCGGGACUGACAUUCCUGAACCCCUGGUAUGAGGCCAGCUUGCUGCCCAUCUAUGCAGUCACUGUUUCCAUGGGGCUCUGGGCCUUCAUCACAGCGGGAGGGUCCCUCCGAAGUAUCCAGCGCAGCCUCUCGUGCCGACGGCAGGAGGACAGUCGGGUGAUGGUGUAUUCUGCCCUGCGCAUCCCACCCGAGGACUGAGGGAACCUGGGGGGGGACCCCUGGGCCUGGGGUGCCCUCCUGAUCUCCUCGCCCUGUAUUUCUCCAUCUCCAGUUCUGAACAGUGCAGGUUGCCAAGAAAAGGGACCUAGUUUAGCCUUUGCCCUGGAGAUGAAAUGGAUGGAGGCUCAAGGGUAGAUGAUCUCUGAGUUUUCCAGUACCCCCUCCCCAGACUGGACAUCUUGGUCUUUUUCUCAGGUCUGAAGGGAACCAUUUUUGGUGUGAUAAAGACCCUAAACUGCCUUUUAUUUUUAUUUUUUAAGUUGGAGGAGGGAAGAGGUAUGUUGGAACUCUUCUAACCUCUUUGGGCUAUAUUUUCCCUCCUCAAAUUUUUCCUUAUGGCUGGGCUCAUUUCUGUCCCCUUUUCCCUUGGUCCCAGGCCCUGGGGGAAAGGAAGGAGAAGUGCAUGUUUGGGAACUGGUAUUACUGGAACUAAUGGUUUUAACCUUAACCACCAGCAUCCCUCCUCUCCCCAAGGUGAAGUGGAGGGUGCUGUGGUGAGCUGACCCACUCCAGAGCUGCAGUGCCACUGGGGGAGUCAGACUACCAUGACAUCGCAGGGAAGGAGGGCGGAUUUUUUCUAGUUUUUAAUUGGGGUAUGGGAUGGGUGGGGAGGUUUUCUAUAAACUGUAUCAUUUUCUGCUAAGGGUGGAGUGUCCCAUCCUUUUAAUCAAGGUGAUUGUGAUUUUUGACUAAUAAAAAGGACUUUAUAAUU